CUUCUGGUUUCCUUUUUUUUUUUCUGCAGUUUCCGCAAAGCACAUCCCUAAACCCAGAUCUCCGCAACUAAACACGGACCCAAAUACCCCGGUGCUUCAAUGGCAGAAACUCGAACACCCAAUAAGCGCUCAGCAAAAACGUUCAAGUCUCCGAGACAAUCGUCUCCUCUCCCUCCGACGCCGAGCUUCCUCACCCCGCAGACUCCGCAGACCGCCGACCCACCCCGCCGAUCCUCCCGUCGUCUAUCCCUCAAGUUUGAUUUCACCCCCGAGAAGCCAGUUCCGCAAUCGGCAAGGAAGGAGAGGAGCUCGAGGAGAAAGGAAUUGAUAAAACCCCCAAAAUCGAGUUCUAAAACUGUGGAUGCGGCGGAGUUGGCUUUCUCCCCGGCGUCUCCGGACCAAUCGGAAGCUAGGAAGAGGAAAAGGGCCGAUGGGAAGCAGCAAAGGACGGCGGCAAAGAGGGUUUAUUACAGGAAAGUGGUGUACGACGAGGGAGAAUUUGGGGUUGGGGAUGAUGUGUAUGUGAAGCGGAGGGAGGACGCGAGCUCGGACGAGGAGAUCCCUGAAUCGGAGGAAUGUAGAAUGUGCUUCAAGGCGGGGAAAGCUGUCAUGAUUGAAUGUGAUGAUUGCUUGGGUGGAUUUCAUUUGAAAUGCUUGCAGCCUCCGUUGAAAGAUGUUCCGGAUGGGGAUUGGAUUUGUGGGUUCUGCGAGGGGAAGCGAUCUGGGAAGGUGGUUGAGAGGCCAAGGCCUCCCGCUGGGAAGAGGAGAGUUAGAACUUUGAGGGAGAAGCUUCUUUCCAGUGACCUAUGGGCUGCACGUAUUGAAAGUUUGUGGAAGGAACCGGAUGGAAGCUAUUGGUUUAAGGGUCGAUGGUAUAUUAUACCAGAAGAAACUGCAACUGGUAGGCAAGCUCAUAACUUGAAGAGAGAGCUUUACAGGACAAAUGAUUUUGCUGAUAUUGAGAUGGAGUCAGUCAUAAGGCAUUGCUCGGUCAUGACUCCCAAAGAGUAUGCAAAGGAAAACGAAGGAGAUGAUGUUUUCAUGUGUGAAUAUGAGUAUGACGUACGGUGGAAUUCAUUCAAGCGCAUAGCUGAAAUCGAUAAUGACGAAGAGGUAGGGGAAGAAGCUGAGAGUGAUGAAGAUUGGAAGUCGUCCAAAGAUGUAGUUUCUGAUUCUGAAGAUGACAUGGAGUAUGAAGCUGAAGCUGAUAAACAUUUGCCAAACAGAACCUCUUCAGCACAUGCAUUGGCUGCAAAUUCAAAGAAAGGGCAUUUUUACGGACUUCAGAAGAUAGGAACCAAGAGGAUACCAGAACACGUAAGGUGUCGCAAACAAACUGAUCUAGAAAGAGCAAAAGCAACACUGUUGUUGGCAACAUUGCCCAAGUCUCUUCCUUGCAGGAAUAAAGAAAUGGAUGAGAUUACUACAUUUAUAAAAGGUGCCAUCUGUGAUGAUCAAUGUCUAGGUCGUUGCCUCUACAUCCAUGGUGUUCCUGGAACUGGGAAGACAAUGAGUGUGCUAUCCAUAAUGAGGAACUUGAGGUCUGAAGUUGAUGCAGGAACAGUAAAACCAUACUCUUUUGUCGAGGUUAAUGGUCUAAAGUUGGCAUCACCAGAGAAUAUCUAUAGGGUUAUUUAUGAGGCUCUGAGUGGUCACAGGGUUAGCUGGAAAAAAGCUUUCCAUUUGUUGAAUGAUAGAUUCUCAAAUGGGAAAAGCAUUGGCAAAGGAGAUGACAAGCCAUGUAUUCUACUCAUUGAUGAGCUUGAUCUACUUGUGACAAGAAACCAGUCGGUUAUAUACAAUAUUCUUGAUUGGCCAAAUAAGCCGCAUUCUAAGUUAAUCGUGAUAGGAAUAGCAAAUACAAUGGACCUUCCAGAAAAGCUGCUCCCUCGCAUUUCUAGCCGUUUGGGUAUCCAGAGGCUUUGCUUUGGCCCCUACAACUAUCAGCAGCUACAAGAGAUCAUUUCAAGUCGCCUUAAAGGGAUCGACGUGUUUGACAAGCAAGCUGUAGAGUUUGCCUCAAGGAAGGUUGCAGCCAUAUCUGGAGAUGCACGUCGUGCUCUAGAGAUAUGCAGGCGCGCAGCUGAAAUUGCCGAUUAUCGCAUCAAAAUGUUGAGGGAAACUCCCACAGGGAAAGCGAUGGUUGCAAUGGCAGACGUUGAAGCAGCCAUUCAGGAAAUGUUCCAAGCACCGCAUAUCCAAAUGAUGAGAAGUUGCUCCAAACUCGGUAAAAUAUUCUUGACAGCCAUGGUAUAUGAGCUUUACAAAACAGGGAUGGGAGAGACAACAUUUGAGCAGUUGGCGACGACUGUUUCAUGUCUCUGUGCGGGCAAUCGAGAAGCCUUUCCUGGCUGGGACACUCUCAUGCGAGUUGGCUGUAUGUUGGGUGAAAGCAGAAUAAUUGUAUGUGAACCAGGAGCUAGGCACAGGCUGCAGAAACUGCAGCUAAACUUUCCAAGCGAUGACGUGACUUUCGCCCUGAAAGACAGCAAGGACCUGCCAUGGCUGGCCAAGUUUUUAUGCCAUGGCUAAGCCGACUGUACCAUUUACCUUAUUACCUAUAUCCAGCAAAUUUUGGGUCCCCUUUUGAACGUUUUUCAUCAGCUUUUAUUUAUUCAGAACCAUACAAACUGUGGUUCAGAAGCUAUUAGCUACCAACAUGGGCGGCUGGAGAACUAGAAUUUGUACUUUGUUGAGACUUUCCUGCGUUGGUUUCAACAGUUGUAUCCCUUGAGAGAGUCAAUCGCAUAAGCUCUUUAAAAGCUUCAGUUUUACGGGAUAACUUUUCUUCUUCACCCAGCGAAACCCACAUGUGAAAAGAAAAGCCAGAUACUUGAAGGAACCUGUUGGCAAUGGCAGCAGAGGUGGCUCACUGUCGUCGCAGUCUCGCAGACGUCGCCUCCUUCGUUCCGGUCGUGAGAAACGAAACGGCGACGGAAGUUGGGAUUGCAGACGGAUUUGCACCGGACGGCGGACCUAACGUUCGGCAUAUAUAUUGACGACAUUCGAAGGUCGAGCGCUAAUCGUUGUUGGUGAACUCCAAACCAAAAAGCUUUACCCAGAUGGACAUUAUAUUAUAGGCGAAUAAUCAUUCUCGUAUCGUACUACAAACUAAGCACGCCGGCGAUGGCAAUUAAGAACAGGGGAAAGUAAAAGGAGUGAAGGACGGUGUGAAUCCAGACGGCUCGCCGAAUUUUUCCUAGAAACCAAUCAAGCCAGCCAGAAGAACAAACACGCCCAAGUAAGAACCCAACUUAAUCUCCUUCAUCCUGUACCCACCACUGGUGCCAUUUCCCGGCGCAGAAGCAGCAGGAGCAGAGCCGCCGGGAGUGGAACCAGGAGCAGGGGAAGGCGCCGGAGCGGCGCCGCCGGCCAGCUGCAGCGUCUCCUUGGCAGCCAGGUUCGCCGGGCUAAACUCGUGCUUCGCGGGAACACCGUUGGCCACCGUCGCGCCGACCUGCCAGACGUGGUUCACCUGAUCGGCGCCGGCCGGGAGCUUCGCGGAGGCGAAAAUCGCGGUGGCCCCGCCGCUGAGGGACUCGGCGGCGAGGUCCCAGACGUCGAACGAGAGCUUCUCCUCCUUGAUGCUGCCGUACGAGACGAGAUUGAAUGUCUUGACGACGAGGCCGCCGCCGGCGGCCUUGAGGGCAAUGAGGGCCUGGGUGCCGGCCAUUCCGGUGCCGUUCGGGUUGAUCCCCCAGCCGACCCAUCCGUCGGCGGCUGGAGCGGCGGCGACGAAGGCGACGGAGAGGGAGGAAUUGGUGGCGUUGAAUGUGUAGUGCAGGGCGGCGGACAGCGCCGGGAGGGAUGUGCAAUUGGCGAAGAUUUUGUUGUUCUUGAAUUUCUGAGGCGGGCAGGUUGUAGUGGCAGAGCGAACAGAAUCGGUGCAGAAGAGGAAGAGGAGGAGAGAGAGAGCUGCAAGGGAAGAGAGGGACGCCAUUGUUAUGGUGUGUACUGGAGCUUCUGGUAGAGAGAAAAUGAGGAAAGGGAGUUAGGAAGGAAGGAGGAGAGUGGCAUCCUAUGUAAUUAUAUAUAGUGGGGGAAAAUGGAGGAUUG